GACAGUCUUCUCAUUUUUUGUCUUCAAUACUCUCUGAAUACACUGCCAUUGUGUUGGCCUACACACACACACAAGUAAACAAACAUGUCUGUCUAUCAUGUCACAGCUGAGGAGUGAAGACUGAAGACUGGAUUAAGGAGUGAAGACUGAAGACUGGAUUUGGUAAGAUCUGGCCCAGGCUGAGGCAGAGUUUGAGUACGCAUCAGCGUGUCUGUUUGCUUUGUGGAGAGAACAGAACAAGAUGGCAUAUAAGUUUACCAGGAGAGAUUCUCAUAAAGUCUCUGUGUUCAUUUUGACUUUCUUCAGUUACGCCUUUUUUCAUGCUAACAGGAAAGCAUUCAGCAAUGUAAAAACAUCAACAGGCAGAGUGUGGACGCCUUCAUUUCACAAUGCCUCAGAACCAGAACUCAAGCCUGACUAUCUGUGGAACGCCCACCACCUCUUUAAUUCGGAAGACAGUGCAGAACAGUACCAAGGAAUUUUGGAUACAGUUUUUAUGUUGGCCUAUGCUGUGGGUCUCUUUCUAAAUGGCUAUGUCGGUGACAGGGUGAAUAUGCGCAUUCUACUCACUAUAGGCAUGGCAAGCUCAUCGGUGAUGGUGUUUAUCUUUGGUUGUGUGUGCGAGUGGGCGACCUUCUACAACAAAUAUUUCUACGCAUUCAUCUGGAUCUUGAACGGCCUCAUGCAGUCCACAGGCUGGCCUGUGGUGGUAGCCUGUAUGGGAAACUGGUUUGGCCAAAGCAGCCGAGGUGUUUUACUGGGCCUGUGGAGUUCUUGUGCUUCCGUAGGUAACAUCAUUGGAGCCCUCUUGGUCUCUUCUGUGCUGUCCUACGGGUACCAGUAUGCUUUCCUGAUGACAAGUACAGUUUUAUUCGCAGCCUCUUUCAUGAUAUUUUUUGGACUUAUUCCAUCUCCCCAAGAAGUUGGCCUGGAAUCAGUGGAAGAUGAUGAGAACAGAGAGAACCAAAGAGCUGGCAGCACCAGUGUCAACUCAGAGGAGCAGAUCGACCGAGGUACAUACCAUUACAACCGACUCUAUGAUCAGGAACCGUUACUUUCGGACACACAUGACGAAGGAGCGACCUCUGAAGGGGCUACAGUAGACCCGGAUGAUGUCACCUACAACAUUGAAACCACUCGACCUGCAUCCUUAUCUUUCUUGAAGGCUUGUCUGCUUCCUGGAGUCAUACCUUAUGCUCUGGCCUAUGCUUUUCUGAAGCUGGUCAACUACUCUUUCUUCUUCUGGUUGCCAUUCUAUCUGAACAAUGCCUUCAAGUGGAAGGAGAGUGAGGCAGACCAGCUCUCUACGGCUUAUGAUGUGGCUGGCAUUGUAGGAGGAACUUUAAUUGGCUUUAUCUCUGAUCGACUGGGCAAGAGGACUGUGCUUAUUGUUCCAAUGCUCAUCUUAUCUAUACCAUCGUUAUUCAUGUAUGGAAAUUCCCCGAACAACGUUACUAUCAAUAUAGUCCUCAUGUCCCUCGUAGGCUUUUUCAUUGGCGGAGCUGCAAACCUCAUCAGCGCUGCCGUGUCGGCUGAUCUGGGUUGCCAGAAGGCUCUCAGGGGAGAUGACAAAGCCCUGGCAACAGUGACGGGCGUCAUUGAUGGCACAGGGAGCUUUGGAGCAGCUUUAGGACAGAUUGCUGUCCCUUACCUGCAGACUGGCCUUGGUUGGCACUCUGUCUUCUACCUCUUCAUGAUUUGUAUGUUCUUGACCAUGUGCUGCUUGUUCCCGCUGUUCAUCAAAGAGUUAAGGAGUCUUCGGUGUUGUUGUCGUCGGACAAGGGGCUCUGUGUCUCUUCAACAUGAGGAUGGAGAAUGAACUGGCAGAAGAGACGUAAUUUGAAACUGAUUCCAUUUUACAUUAGUGGUGGGCGCUAAUCGAUACCAGUACUCAAUACAGUACUCGUUAAGAACGACCCCCUAAGUAAGUACCUAGGUGUUUUCGUCACCCAGUCGAUACUAAUCGAUACUCAAGUUUUGGUAUUUGGGAUACUUUUUAAAAUGAAAAAGCAUUGAAAAUGCUGCUGACCGAAAAACUAUUGUCCUUGAUAAAUAUGCUAAGACAUGCUAUCGGUUUCCAUCUUGGAAGUUGGGGGGAUUCUAAGAAUUCAUGAAUGUAAUAGGUUCUGAGUACUUAUCGAUAUUGGGCUCUCUUAAUUGAAAAAGUACUGGAUAUUGGCCAGUAUCGACUAGUGCCAACCCCUAUUUUACAUGCACACAAUGACUGAUAUUGUACAUUUAAAGGGAGAUUUUUCUGUCACACUGGAGUUGUAACAUAUAUAUAUAUAUUAUACUCUUUUGCUGGUCCCUGUGAUUGGUUUAUUAUAUGUAUGCCUUUCUGUGCAUGCAAGUGAGUGUGUGUGAUUUUAUAUUGCGAUGUUUCGUUGAGUUCCUAUGUAUUUUUUCCUUCUUUUGUUUGUCUUCUCCCCUUACCUCUUGUGUUAAUUUUGUAAGUCAGCUUACUUAAUAAGUUUCUGUCUUUCUUCUGUCACUGAUAUUUAGAAUAUGACACUAAGAGACACUGGAUUUAGUGCAAAUUAUUUUUAGGGGUUAUAAUUUGGUUUGUUUUUGUGGUUGUUACUUGUUCACCUGUUGUUUUUGUAUAGUCAUAGCUUUAUACUUUUCACUGAUUUGAAGCGAGAAUUGUGUUUUAUCUUGAAAUUAAAAGUAUUGAGCUGCUGUAUGUAAUACUGAAGACAUAUGUUUAAC